AUGGCGUCGCGCGCGGCCAGCCGGGCCGCGUCCAGAAAGCAUAAGCUCGUGGGGCUGCAGGCGCCCUCGCAGUGCCACCCAGCCAAGCGGCAACGGCUCUCGCCAGCGGUCUCGCCACGCGCGCCGUCCGCGCGGCUCCUCUCCCCGCAUGCGUCGCGCCCUGAGGAGGCGGCCAAUGAUGACGCACCGGCGGGGCGGGCGGGCCGCGCGGGCCCGUGCGCGCUCGAACCCGCCCGCGGCCGCAUCGGCGCGCGCGUGCGGUCGCAGGCGGCCGCCGCGCAGGCCGCGGCGGACCGCGAAGCCGCCGAGCGCGCGGCGGCGGCCAAGUCGAGGCACGCGGACACAGUGGAGGGCACCGCUUACCGCGGGGUGCGCCAGCGCCCGUGGGGCAAGUGGGCGGCGGAGAUCCGCGACCCGUCCCGAGGGCAGCGGGUGUGGCUCGGCACGUUCGACUCCGCGGUCGACGCCGCGAAGGCCUACGAUGCCGCGGCGCGGCGCAUCCGAGGCCCGAGCGCGCGUUGCAACUUCAGCAUGACCGCCGACGAGGAGGCCGAGCUGCGCGCGCGGCGGCCCGGCCAGCUGGCGCUCACGACGAUCGCCCCGCACAACACCGCGAUCGCCCGGCGGGACGGCUCCGGCGGGCCCGGGUCGGGGCGCGGCGGCCACGGCCACGUGCGCACGGGCGCUGCGCGCGCGCCCGCGCCCGAGCGGCGCUACCGACAAGACAAGGAGGCGCUCAUCGCGCGGAGCUUCCGCGAGCGGAGCGCGAUCCGCCGCCAGCGCGCCGCAUACGCGGGCGAGCCCCGGGCGUGGUCGACGGCCUUCAUGGCGCCCCCCGCCGCGCACCUGCCCGCGGCGCACGACGGGGCGCUCCCCGAGCACGGGCGCUUCAACCUCGAGCACCAGGCCGCGCUCCCCGGCCCCGACGCGCCGCACGCGUACGCCGCCGCGGUGGUGCCGGACUCGGACGUCGAGUCCGCGGACGGCGCGUGGGCGCUCGGCGGGCCGGCGUCGCGCGCGCCGGAGGUCGCGGCGGUGAAGGAGGAGGAGCACGAGGACGAGGACGAGGACCCCGCGGAGCUCCUCCACGGCGGCGCGAUCGACGAGGGGGACUAUUUGGGUAUGAUGCUGGGGGGGUGGGAGAGCGUGGACGACGGGGAGCGCGUCUUCGGCGCCGCGUGCAGCGACGACCCGGAGGACCUCUUGUUCGUCCAGGGCGACGCGAAGCCGGCGGCCGUGCUCGCGCGCUCCGACUCGGCCGGGCUCUCGCAUCACAGCACCGACCCCUCCCUCGACGCCACCGCGUCCGCGAACGCGCCGAGCGAGCGGUUCGCGGCGGUCGCGAGCCCGAAGGAGGGCGCGCUCGCGAUGCGCUGCCGCGCCGAGAAGGCCGCGAUUCCGGACCUGGCGUCGCUGCUCGGGGAUCCGCACGUGGACGUGGGGCUGUCGGCGAUCAUCCCGGGCGAGGGCGCGCAAGAGCGGUUCGACUUCGGGGACUACUAG